GGUAGAGAGCGGCCUUAUAGACGCGUGUCACCCGCAAACCUGCUCUCUCUCUCUUCUACACAGAGAUAUGGUGUAUCAACACAUAAAAACUCUUUACUUCAUACACUCUCAGAUAUCCCUUGCAUUAGAAGAGAGCUCCAGUCUAAGGAUCUGAUUCUCCUGUUGAAGAACUCUAAGAGCUUGUAUGGAUACUGCUCAAUGGCCCCAGGAAAUUGGGGUGGUUAAGCCCAUGGAGGAGAUGGUCUCAACCACAUGCUCAAGGCCAUUGAUGGAGAGAAGGGCAAGGCCCCAAAAGGAGCAGGCCUUGAACUGCCCAAGGUGCAAUUCCACCAACACAAAGUUCUGUUACUACAACAACUACAGUCUCACUCAGCCAAGGUACUUCUGCAAGACAUGUAGAAGGUAUUGGACUGAAGGAGGAUCUCUCAGGAAUGUUCCUGUUGGAGGUGGUUCAAGGAAGAACAAGCGAUCAUCAUCGUCUUUAUCUUCAUCGUCAUCGGCUUCUGCUGCUUCGAAGAAGACAUCCGAUCUCAACCCUCCGAUCUCAUCCUCACAAUCCUCUUUCCAGAAUCCGAAAAUUCAUGAAGGGCAGGACCUUAACCUGGCAUUCCAUACCACCCAAGAUUACCAUAACAUGUCUGAAUAUGUUGAAUUGCCCAAUAGCAACAACAGUAGAAAUCCUGCUGCUGGUGCUUCUUCAUCUUCCUCGGCUUCUCUUUCAGCUCUUGAGCUUUUGAGUGGUAUUUCUUCAAGGGGUCUGAGUUCUUUCAUGCAGAUGCCGAUGCAGAAUCCGGACGCUGUCUACCCAUCUGGGUUUGGUGGUUUGCAUGAUUUCAAGCCGUCCCUCAAUUUUCCUUUGGAUGGGCUUGUUGGUGGCGGGAGCGGCAGCGGGUAUGGCAAUAUUCAAGGGGUGGCAGAGGGUAGUGGGAGGCUGUUGUUUCCUUUUGAGGAUUUGAAACCAGUUCCAAAUACCGAUUUUGAGCAGAAUAGGGGGCAAGGAGACUCAUCUGGGUAUUGGAAUGGGAUGUUAGGUGGAGGAUCUUGGUAGAAGAAGAAGAUGUUUUUUUUUUUCUUUUUUUUUCUUUUUUAUCUUCAGGGUGGAUGACUUGUUUGGACUUGUUCAGGAACUAACAGAUAGGAUACAUGGAGGUGUCCUUCUUCUUUUUUUUCUUUUUUUUUUUUUAAAUUAUUGUGAAGAUUUGAAGCUUAUUUUAGGUUGGCUUCAAAUGGGUGUCUUGAAAAGAAGUGGAUUUUUGCUAUGAAGCGAUAGAGGAAGAGAUCAAGAUGAAGAAAGCCCGGAUUUUUGCUAGGGCAACUGCAUGUUGAAGAAGAAGAAGAAGAAGCCUGCUUCUAGGGUUGCACCACGGCCUAAUCCACGGAUUUCUAUCUUCAAGAAGAAGAAAAGAUAGGGGGAAAGAAAAAAAGAAAAGAGAGGGAGAGAGAGAGAGAGAGACACCCAAGUGCUGUAUGUUUUGGUGGGUUUGUGGAAAAUAAUGUAGCAUGAGUUUUGUGGAAUUUGUAUGGACAAAAAAAGGACCUGUUUAUUUCUUUCUUUUAUUUUCAAUUUUAAACAAAAAAGAGUUUUUA